GGGGGGGAUGUGGAGAGCGGGCAUGGCCGCCGGGGACGGGCUGGGCCCGGCGCUGCGCGCCGUCACCGAGCUGGUGCAGCAAGCGGCGGCGCGGCGGCCGCAGGGGCUCCCGGCCGUGCAGCCGCGGCUCGUGGCCGUCAGCAAGACCAAGCCAGCGGAGAUGGUGAUGGAGGCCUACAGCCAUGGACAGCGCAGCUUUGGGGAGAACUACGUUCAGGAGCUGCUGGAAAAGGCAUCAGACUCCAGAAUUCUGUCAUCUUGUCCAGACAUCAAGUGGCAUUUUAUUGGCCACCUGCAGAAGAACAAUGUCAACAAGCUGAUUGCUGUCCCAAACCUGUUCAUGUUGGAAACAGUGGAUUCUGUGAAACUGGCAGACAGAGUCAACAGCUCAUGGCAGAAGAAAGGCUCACCCCAGAAGCUGAAGGUCAUGGUGCAAGUUAACACCAGCGGGGAGGACAGCAAGCACGGGCUCUCCCCUGGGGACACCACGGCUGCCGUGGAGCACGUCAUCAACAAGUGCCCCAGCCUGGAGUUCGUGGGGCUCAUGACCAUCGGCAGUGUCGGGCAUGACCUCAGCAAGGGGCCCAAUCCUGACUUCCAGAUGCUGCUGUCCCUGCGGCAGGAGGUGUGUGAGAAGCUGAACCUGCCCGUGGACAAGGUGGAGCUGAGCAUGGGCAUGUCCACAGACUUCCAGCACGCAAUUGAGGUUGGAUCUACAAACGUCAGGAUUGGGAGCACUAUUUUUGGAGAGCGGGAUUAUUCCAACAAAGCCAAGGCCCCUGCUGGGAGUGGAGGCCAGACAGAGGCUGUGACAGUGCAGGGGCACUAAAGGGAAAACUCGUGGCCUCACCAGAGGAGAGACCUCACUAUGCAUUUUACCUCCCUCCGUGUCGGCACCCUGAUGGUGAGAGGGAAUUCCUCGGAACAGAGGCAGAAAUGCCUCAACCAUUGUGAUUAUAGAGUACCCCUAGAAACUGGAAAUCUUUAUAACCAACAAGUGAUGACAAGGAAAUUGAGGCUUGGAAGUGGCUGUGGUGUCUUGGUUCCUCAGGGUCACCAAGGACAGAGACUUUGGGGUAACUGGCUUGGACAAACAAGUGUUUGUCAGGCUGGAGUUGCUGCUGAGCAAGGGGGGUGUCACUGCAGCAGUGCUGGUGCUUGUUUCCACUGAGGACUAAAUAUUGAAAACGUUAUGACCUUGGCAGAAUCCUGUAAAUGUGUCCCCAAACACAAGUUCUGCACGUGGGGUGUUAGGAGCUGGGCUGGGGCCGUGCUGUGACACAGGAGAGGCCAUGGCCAUGGCAGAGGGUGAGUGACAGGCACAGGGGACUGUCAGGAGCUCAGCUGCCACUGGGAGUUCAUGGGCUGAUGUUUUGGCUGCACAUCACUAGUGUGGGAGUUUUUUCAGCUCAAUUUGUCCUUUCCAAGCUGACACUAACUUUCCCCAUGGCUCCAUGGCUGCCCAGAUCUGGAAUGCUUUCCCCCUUCCCUUCCUUUCCCCUCCUCUGUUGUUGGGAAUUAUUUUCAUCCUGCCCAGUAGUUCUGCUGUUUUUUGGUCAGAAUGGGGGUUUUCUGCCAGGCCUCUGCUCUGCCACCAGCUUACUGCUGCUUUCCAAGGUGAGUCCCUCCUGGCUUGGUGCCUGUGCCAUUCCCUUUCCACCUGUGUGAGGAUAACAGUGCUUGGCUCGGGGCAGCAGGGAGCUUUCCUUGGGAAAAGGCUUCAGAAAAUGAAAUAUUAUUGUCCCACUGCAUCCUGGGUUCCUGAAAAAAAUCAUUUGGCCACUGAGAGAGCUUUUGGCUGUGUCUUAACAUCUUUUCCUGCUCUUGGAAGAGGGAAAUGGGACUGUCACUGCAGUAACUUUCCUUCAGGUGUGAGCAGAAGCUCCCGUGUUGUCCUGUGUUGCAGCAAAUUUUUGGGCUUUUGUGUCUGCUAAGAGGAGGAGAGCUCGGCUGCCAGCAGGAACAUCCUCCCCAGGCUUUGCUCUGUGUGCUGUGGUUCAAUCCCAAUGUUGGUUUCACUCUAAAAGCUGAAUGUAAAUGAAAAGAGUCAACUCCACCACCAACCUGUUGUAGCUCCGUGGUUUAGAAGCGCCGUGGGGUCGGAGCCGCCCUCCCCACGCUGCUCCAUGUGUGGUUCAUAGUCUAGUAAUAAACAGUGCUGAGUUCAAUGCCAUCUGUGCCAACUCAAAAGCUAUUAAAGAUGUUAUUUUUAUGUUC